AUGGGAUCCAAUAGCCGAAAGAUCCCUCUCGUUCCCCUCGCCAAGGGCUCGGUACUUCUCCCCGGCGUCACUCUACGAAUCCCGGUCUCGAACCGCCCUGAUCUCGCCAAUCUUCUUUCAUCACUGGUCGACAAGCCUUCGAGGCGAGAUGCCAACUCCAUAACCUUCGGAUGUGUUCCGCUGAGCUCACCCUUCCUCAGCCGUGAUGGCCAGCAGCUCCUGGAAGGCGCAGACUCAGACGCAGAGCGGAAAGGAGAUUAUGAUGCGAUCGAUGCCGGCCAGGCGCGCAAAGAUGAUCUUUUCCGAUUUGGAACCGUAGGAAAAGUCAUCGGAGUUCAGCGCCGGGCAUACUCCGAGCCCUUCCUGCUAGUCCAAGGACAGCAAAGGUUCUCAAUUAAGAAGAUUCUGCGUGAUCGCCCAUACUUCGAAGCUGAAAUUACUCUCCACGAGGAAAGCACCUCCGACCAGAAUGAUGACCAGGUGACUGAUCUCUUCCAACAAUUGAGGCAACUCUCGAGAGAGCUUCUCACCCUCCUCCGCCUCUCCUCCUUAUUGUCGGCAGCAUCUUCUCGCCUUUCGCCACUAGUUGCCCGGAAGUUUGAGCUAUAUAUUUCCAAAACCGAAUUGGCACAGGCAGGAAAGCUGGCAGAUUUCAUGGCAGAUGUCUCUGACGCGAGCUUUGAAGAGAAGUUGCGCAUCCUUGCCUCCCUGGAUGUUAAAGAACGUUUGACUAGGGUCGUUGAGAUCCUCAGUCGACAGGCACAGCAUAUUAAGAGUAGCGUUAAGGUGACUUCCAUUGGCUCAACCUCCUUCCCGUCGUCCGGUAUGGACAUCAGCCAGAUUGAUCCCCGGGAGCGCGAGAUCCUUGCAAAGCGCGCAAUGUCGGGGCUGGCAGGCAUGACACCCCCUGGAACCUCCGGGCGUGGGAACGAUGACGAUAAAGAGCCUAAUGAGGUGGAUGAGCUUCAACAGAAGCUACAUGAUGCACAGCUUAGCCCUGAAGCCCGAAAGAUUGCGGACAAGGAGCUGAAGCGCUUGCGCAAGAUGAACCCGGCCAAUGCCGAGUAUGGUGUCUGUCGCACCUAUCUGGAAAACCUAUCGGAGAUUCCCUGGACCAAGGUGACAGAGGAUCAGCUUGGCCCUGACACCCUGAAGCGAGCCAGGAAGCAGUUGGAUGAAGACCAUUAUGGCCUUGAUCGUAUCAAGAAGAGACUCUUGGAAUACCUGGCUGUUCUUCGCUUGAAGCAGACGACUAAUUUUGAUGUUGAACGUCAAAUCGGGGGCCUUUCCCGGGAUUUGGACUCCUCUGCAGUAGGGGACGUCGAGAAAGACGUUCCCUUGUUGUCCGAGUCUGACCGAGUGGCGUUGGAGACUAAGCUUGAGCUCCUGAAAUCCAAGCGCAUGACGGACAAGUCUCCCAUCCUGCUUCUCGUCGGACCCCCUGGAACUGGAAAAACCAGUCUGGCCAGGUCAGUCGCCGCUUCGCUGGGCCGCAAGUUCCACCGCAUCUCUCUUGGUGGUGUGAGAGACGAGGCAGAAAUUCGCGGUCACCGACGUACAUACGUUGCUGCUAUGCCUGGUCUGGUCGUGAAUGGUUUGAAGAAGGUCGGUGUCGCCAACCCUGUCAUCUUGCUUGAUGAGAUUGACAAAGUUGGUGGUGCCAACUUCCAAGGCGACCCGUCUGCUGCUAUGCUGGAGGUAUUGGACCCUGAGCAGAACCACACUUUUACCGACCACUACAUCAACAUCCCCAUUGAUCUGAGUAAGGUGCUCUUCCUCGCUACUGCCAAUUCAUUGGAGACAAUCCCCGCACCCCUCCUCGAUCGCAUGGAGACCAUCUCCCUGUCCGGGUAUACGACUGUUGAGAAGCGUCACAUCGCCAAGCAGCACUUGAUCCCCAAGCAAAUUCGGUCUAACGGACUGAACGAGGGACAAGUCAAUUUGUCUGACGAGGUGAUUGAUAAGACCAUCACCUCAUACACCCGCGAAUCUGGUGUUCGUAACCUCGAGCGAGAAAUUGGUUCCAUCUGUCGCCAUAAGGCAGUUCAAUAUGCCGAUGCUAGUGAUUCCGACCGCCUUGAUGAAUACAACCCCGUUGUGUCGGUCGACGACCUGGAGGACAUCCUGGGCAUCGAGCGAUUUGAGGAAGAGAUUGCCGAAAAGCAUGGUCGUCCUGGUGUGGUGACUGGCCUCGUUGCCUACUCCACCGGUGGCCAAGGCAGUAUCCUGUUCAUUGAAGUCGCAGACAUGCCGGGCAAUGGGCGCGUUCAGCUCACCGGAAAGCUCGGUGAUGUGCUGAAGGAAUCCGUGGAAGUAGCCCUAACAUGGGUGAAGGCACACUCCUUCGAGCUCGGUCUCACUCAUGACCCCAAUGAGGAUAUCAUGAAGAGUCGAAGUCUCCACGUCCACUGCCCAUCCGGUGCUAUCCCUAAGGAUGGACCCUCUGCCGGUCUUGCCCAUACCGUCGCAUUGAUUUCCCUGUUCAGUAACAAGCCUGUUCCUCCUCAGAUUGCCAUGACCGGCGAGGUCUCGCUCCGCGGUCGAGUUAUGCCCGUCGGUGGUAUCAAGGAGAAGCUGAUCGGCGCUCACCGCGCAGGUGUCAAGACAGUAUUGCUUCCUGACCACAACCGCAAGGAUGUGAAGGAAGUUCCACAAGAAGUGCAGGAUGGUCUGGAAAUCAUCUUUGUCAAGCACAUUUGGGAAGGGCUUCGUCAAAUCUGGCCCGACGCGCAAUGGCCGGGCCAGCAGAUGAACUUCGUCGAGAGUCGUUUGUAA